AUGAUGGGUACAAAUUUCACAGUAUCUUAUGUUGUGGCUAAACCUGAUUACCCGUUUGAUGUGACGGAUUAUCGGUAUCGCCACAUUGACAAUUACAGUAAACUUAAUUACAACACUAUUUCAUAUUUGCUAGAAAUGCUAAACUUUACAACCAUUUUUAUACAAAGGGACUCUUGGGGUUACAAAGCACCAAAUGCCUCUCAUUUCGAAGGAGGCAUGUUUGGAGAUUUGGAAACCGGUAGUGCUGAACUUGGUGGAACUGUUUCUUAUUACACCGCCGACCGCUUAAACAUAGUUGAAUAUGUUUCCAUUCAAAGCCCAAUAGAAGUGAAAUUUAUCCUUAAAGCUCCCCCACUGUCUAACGUUCGUAAUCUUUUUACUCUACCAUUUGAAGCAAAUGUUUGGUUUUGUUUGUCUCUUGUGAGUGCUGUUACGGUAUUUAUUUUAUAUGUGGUAGUAAUGUGUGAAGAAAAGUAUAGACAAAACUUUAAAAAAUACGACAUUGUAGAAUAUAUUAAGCCAAAAUUCUUGGACGUAGCCAUGGUCCAAAUUGGUUGUUGUACACAACAAGGUUCUGACACAGAACCUAGAAGUAGUUCAGGACGAAUUAUUCUUUUAAUAAUGUUGCUAUUGAUGAUGUUUUUUUAUACAGCGUAUUCUGCCAGUAUUGUAGUUCUUCUGCAGUCAACAUCAAAUAGUAUUACUACGGUUUAUGAUCUGUUGUAUUCUAAAAUCGAGCUUGGAGUUGAAGAUAUAGUUUACAGCAGAUAUUAUUUCGAAAGUCAACAAGAACCGGUUAGAAAAGCAAUAUAUGACACGAAGGUAGCUGCCAAAGGUAGAAAAGCCAACUUCAUGAGUAUGCAAAUAGGCAUUAAAAAAAUGAGGGACGAGUUUUUUGCGUUUCAUGCUGAAACUUCAGCUGCUUAUAAAGUAGUCAUGGAUUUAUUUCAAGAACACGAGAAAUGUGGAUUAACUGAGAUAGAUUAUCUCAAUCAUUUUAGACCGACGAUUACAAUGAGAAAAAAAUCGCCUUUUAAAGAUCAUAUAAAAGUGGGUUUCAGAAAAAUUCAUGAAUCAGGAAUACAUCAUCGUCAAAUUAAUAGGAUUUGUUCUAAAAAACCUCAGUGUACUAGUCAGAGAGGUACUUUCGUAAAUGUUGGAUUUAUUGAUGCUUAUUUUCCUAUUUUGAUUUUUUGUAUAGCUACCUCCUCUCCUGUUAACUCUCUGUUCUUCUACCAGAGUCCACUGUUUAUUUAUUAUCUCACGUUGUUCGUGGGGGCUAUAGAAUUCUGCGACCGUGGUGAAGUCGCUUGA